CACAGCUAAAUAGUUCUAGUAGAAGUAUCGCAGCAAAUAGCUUUAUAAUUAAGCUAAAAUGUCUUUAACCGGAUUUGAUAGUGAAGCGGUGGGCUUUGACAGCAUAAGCCAGGAUUCGGGAACGAAUAGAAGCAGCUCUUCCCAGACUACGGAGUUUAGCGAGAGCGGCGCGGGGUCCCAAACGAACGCAUCCAACGAUAUGGGCAGUAUUGUCUACCCUGAGGAUUUGAACGCGGAGGAAGAUGUGUUGAAGGAGUACCCGCCGCCAGGGCUGAACGAAUUUCUACGGCGAGUGGUGCCGGCGAUGAUGGACCAGCUCGAUCAGAACUAUAAAGAAUCGCAACUUCUCAACGACUCCUCGGAUUCUGACGAGGAAGAAGUCCUCUCUGCUACGCUGCUGCAGGAGAUCAAGCUGAAGGACGGGUCGGGCGACCAUCAGUCGUCGGUGUUGGGCGUGACGUGGAGCAGCGCUGGCAACUCGCUGGCCGUGUCGCUGGGCAGCUCGCAGCACGACGCGUGGUGUCAGAGCGCCGGCCUCGUUAAGGUGUACACUCUCAAGCGGAGCGAGGACAGGUUUGUUCACGCAAUGGAUCUGGCCGAGAAGAACUGUGUGUCGGCGCUGAAGUACCACCCUACGGUCGCUGCUCUGCUGGCUUACGGAACAACAUCAGGCGAAGUGGUGGUCUGCAACCUCAGCGGUGGGUGCGCUGACGCCGGCGCCACGCUGGCAUCACCCGCAGGGUGUCACGGGUGCCGACGGGUGUCGGCACUGCGUUGGGCGGACGCGCCGCUGGCCAACACCCUGCUGGCCAUGCAGAUCAGCGCCCGGGGCAAGCGCAGGGGAGCUGCCGACCAGGUGCUGCUGUCCUCGGGGUCGGACGGCUCGCUGCACGCGUGGCGGGUUGAGGCGGGCGUGCGGGUGUUCGAGAGCAUCGCCAGUUACAGCGUGGGCUCGGCGCAGGGCUUGGCGCCCGACAUCACCUGCUUCGACUUCGUCAGGAGCUCGCCGCUGUUGCCCGCGAGCGACAAGGCUCCUCACGACGUGUUUGUUGUUGGGUCGAUGGCCGGCAAGUUAUUUCUAUGCAAGCUAGCGGCGGCGUCGAGCGACACGGCGGACCCGGCGUAUGAAGUGCUGGACGGACACGCGACUUGCGUGCUCAGCGUGGAGUUCUGCGCCCAGUGGCCGGGCGUCUUCGCGUCCCUCUCGAUGGACGCGGAGCUCCGGAUCUACGACGUCGCGCAGGGGGCUCCGCUGAAGGUGACGCACAUGGACUCGGCCGUGUCGUGCCUGAGCUGGGUGUCGGGCGGGGUGUUGCUGCUGGGCCUGGCGCGCGGUGCGGCGUUGCUGCGUGUGUGGGACGCGUGCGGCGGCUGUGUGCUGCCCGUGGGCGGGCUAGAUGGCAAGGCGGGCGUCAACUGCAUCGCCGUCUACCAGAGCGGGUCGUGUCGCGUCGCAGCGGGCGACGACAGCGGCAUCGUGCGGGUAUGGGAGCUGCCCGUUAGACGCAUCAAGCUAACCACUCACGAUUUGGACUUAAACGAGUUCGUGAAACAGUCAAGUCGUCACAAAUGAUGAAGAACACACACCUAUUAUUUCCAAUCUUUAUGUUUAUUUUUGCUGUA